AUGCCGCCGAAGCAGCAAUCGAAGGCCGAUUUGGCGAAGAAGCAGAAGAUCGUAGAGGACAAGACCUUCGGGCUCAAGAACAAGAACAAGAGCAAGAAUGUCCAGAAGUACGUUCAGACCCUCAAGCAGUCCGUCCAGCCCCAAUCCGAUCCUUCUAAGACCGCUGCUAAGAAAAAGAAGGAGGAAGAGAAGGCUAAGGACAAGGAACUGAAUGAAUUAUUUAAGGUUGCUGUUAGUCAACCAAAAGUACCAGUUGGUGUUGAUCCCAAGUCUAUACUAUGCGAGUUUUAUAAAGCGGGGCAGUGUGCAAAAGGUUUCAAAUGCAAGUUCUCCCAUGAUUUGAAUAUUCAGAGGAAAGGAGAAAAGAUUGAUAUUUACAGUGAUAAACGUGAUCACGACACGAUGGAGGAAUGGGAUCAAGAGACUUUGGAGAAGGUGGUGGAAUCAAAGAAAAAUGAAUACCAGCAGAACAAACCGACUGAUAUUGUUUGUAAAUAUUUUCUGGAAGCAGUGGAGAAGAAACAAUACGGUUGGUUUUGGGUCUGCCCCAACGGUGGUAAAAAUUGCCAUUACAGACAUGCUCUUCCUCCAGGAUAUGUUUUAAAGUCUCAGAUGAAGGCUCUAUUAGAGGAAGAGGCUGAAAAAAUACCGAUUGAGGAGGAGAUCGAAAAUCAGCGUGCUAAAGUGACGACUUCAACUCCUAUGACUACUGAGUUGUUCAUGCAAUGGAAGAAGAAAAAGAUGGCAGAAAGAGAUGCCGGUUUGGCGGCACAAAUGGCAGAGCGGGCUAAAAAUGACCGUAUGAGUGGCCGUGAGCUAUUUUUGUCAGAUUCUAGCCUAUUUGUGGACGAUGUUGAGGCACAUGAGAAGUACCAAAGAGAUCAAGAACCUCCAGUUGCUGAACAGAAGGUCAGUGCCAAUUCUAACGGAGAUAGGCCAAGUGACUCAGCAACUGCUGGCGGUGGUGCCGAAGUUACCAAUGAUGAUGAUGAUGACGAACUGGACAUAGAUGAGUUAAACGAGUUAGAAGCAAGCUUAUCUAAGGUAACAAUUCAGGAGCCGGACACUGCUGCUUAA